GUUCGGGAUACGUCACCAUCUUCUGGACUGGAACCCUAACAAACAACGCUUCCUAGACACUCGAUAACACCAAUUGUCGUGUUUCUUGGCCAAUCAAGAUGCCCGAAACCCCGUUCGGCUCUCCUGCUCGGCGCAGCGAGAUCAUCGAAUUGGCAGCUCUGGAAGGUCAUGACGCCGAUGUGCCUUCUAACGUGGGCUUCAUAGAAGAACAUGAGAAAGCACACCACCGAAAGCAUUUGCCAGAGGCCGCAAACUCCACAGACGUUGACCUAGAGAAGGAUCUAGAAAAGAACGGCGACACCGCAUCGCUAUCGAGCGAAGACGAUGUGGCCGGAGAGGCUGCAGCGGAAGCAGAAGAUCCAAAUGUGGUUUGGUGGGACGGGCCAACCGAUCCGGAGAACCCCUUGAACUGGUCCUUCUUUAAAAAAUGGGGAACUGUGGGGAUUGUAUCCGCCCUCACCUUCCUUACGCCCCUAGCAUCCUCUGCCUUUGCGCCUGGCGUCCCCGAAGUCAUGGCAGAAUUCCAUUCGACAAGUCAGUUACUGGAAAGCUUCAUGGUGUCUGUCUACGUUCUUGGCUUUGCCUUUGGACCACUAAUCUUUGCUCCUUUAUCCGAGAUGUACGGUCGAUUGCCGAUAUACCACAUCUGCAAUAUUCUUUUCAUUAUCUUUACCGUGGCUGCUGCGGUCAGUACUAACAUGAGCAUGUUCGUUGUAUUUCGAUUCUUCAUGGGGUCUGCUGGAGGAGCUCCUCUUGCCCUCGGAGGCGGAACGAUUGCAGACUUGAUCAGCAGAGAACAGCGAGGUACCGCUAUGGCUAUCUGGCUACUGGGUCCAACCAUGGGACCAUGUAUAGGCCCAAUCAUUGGAGGCUUUCUGACUCAAGCAAAGGGCUGGCGCUGGAACUUCUGGCUCAUAGCAAUCCUGACGGGAGGUUUCGCCUGCAUAUCUUUCGUUCUGAUGAGAGAAACAUCCGCUCCCGUUAUUCUUGCCCGGAAAGCCAAACGACUCCGCAAAGAGACUGGAAAUCCGAAUCUUAGAUCGAAACUAGAGAGCAAGCUCUCUGGCAAGGAGCUGUUCUGGCUGUCCAUCAUACGGCCAACGAAGAUGCUGACCCGCUCAUGGAUCUGCUUCCUGAUUUCGCUAUACGUGGCUAUAACUUACGCGUACCUGUACAUUCUAUUCACCACCUUCACCAGCGUUUUCGAGCAGCAAUACGGCUUCAGCGGGUCUGUCGUGGGUCUAUCGUUCCUUGGUCUCGGCAUCGGGUCGUUAAGCGGCCAAUUUGUCUUCACUUGGGCUGGUAACAAGACGGCGACCAAGCAUAUCAAGGCAGGCGACUUCAAAGCUGAACAUCGCCUGGAAAUCAUGUUGCCGGGCGGUUUCUUCAUUCCGAUAGGACUGUUUUGGUACGGAUGGUCCGUCCAGGCAGGGGUCCAUUGGAUUGUCCCGAUCCUUGGAACCUUCUUCGUAGGAUUUGGAUUGCUCUUGACUUUCAUGCCUGCCAACACCUACCUCGUGGAAGUUUUUACGGUGCACGCAGCGAGCGCAAUGGCGGCCAAUACCGUAUUGAGGUCUAUCGCUGCAUCACUACUCCCACUUUCAAGCCAACAGAUGUACAAGGCGUUAGGAUACGGCUGGGGCAAUUCCCUACUCGGCUUUGUCUCUUUGGCCCUUAUCCCCAUCCCUUUCAUCUUUCGGAAGUACGGCGAGAGGAUACGCAAAAGUUCAAAGGCUAUAGCCUGAAAUGCAUGGAAUCGUAUUGCUUUCGAACUUUGGACAAAGAGGAGAGGAUGUCGAGCUGGAUUGGACCUCCGUUUGCAAACGCUUCGAUUUACAUCGCAGUGUGCUUCCUUAGUCUACCGUCAGCUC